AUGGGCAAAGGCCAUAAGUCCAAGAAGAACGCGAAUAAAGGUAAAGGGAAGCCUGUACAGAAACAUGACGGUGCAGAGAGCUCGCCCAACACUGGCCCCACUACAGUAAUCACCUGUCGGACCUUGGAGGAAGAUGAAGUCACUCAGUGCUUACUCCUAGCAACCGACGGAUACCCAGAGCAUGAUCGCUGCAGGCUUCACCACAAGCAAUAUCGGACACUGUACGCGAAGUAUAAAGAGGCUUCCAAGAUCGUCGACGAGGUCAAGGCAGGCAACGAGAUUCCGACCAAGGACGAGAUCGCACGGUACAAGGAUGUUCAUGGUACGUCGGAGAAGGCGCGUUGGAUACGCAAGUACCUGGAGGCGAUCCGCGUAGAAAAGACUGGGAGAGAGAUUCAUACGAGACGUUUCUUCGGAAAAGCUGAUGACGGGCAUAAGAUCCGCGUGAACCUCCUUGCGAAGCGGAUGGUGGAAGCGGUAGAGAUCCUGGAUGCUCUCCAAGCUCGGGCGUACCAGCUCAAGACCCAAGACAACGAUGACCAGAAAUGGGUCAAGGAGUUCCAGGCGUCUGCUCUUCCUGUGCACAACAUGGUUGAUGCCGACCUCCUUUCCGCUCAAAAUAUCGUCAAUGCUGCUCAGUCCCGCCCAAAGGAGUCAGGACCUUCACCAAGAACUAGGCCAGCAGCUCGUAAGACUGGAAAUGAGGACUCAGAGGACUCCGACCUGAUUGACCUAGACAUUCGAGCUCAAAAGGAGAAGCUCCUUUGGGCGUUCGAAUACCUGAUAAACCCAAACUUCGUGUACGAUAGCCUCGACCACGAUACACGUCGAGAUCCUGAACUCGUCCGGCAAGCUACGCUCGCUCACCAGAGUCUAGUACACUAUGCUCGCCGAGCUAUCAUUCACGAGCCAGACCUUUCCUUGAAGGCCAUGGACAAGGUCUCCUUCAAAGAUCUCCUCCUCAGCGACGAUUUUUCCAUGGAGGAUGCAGCCAAGUUGGUCAUCAUGUUGGGAAAGAGGUUGGAGUUAGGUCUUCUCUGGUAUAAAGAUGCGGUGUUAGAAGCUAUCAUCAUGUCGCCGAGCCCCGGACAAUCAAGGAAUGCGGCAAAUAUAGGCAAUCCUAGGGACCGUUACAAGGUUCUCGGUGGUUGGAUAUUUACGAGAGCUCACUCUAUGUGCCUCUCAAACGAAGGGUGGUGGAUAUUGUUACAGUCUUUAAACCCCCCGGCGAAUAUCGAGAAUCGAUUCGUCCGGCUCUGUAACACCUUCGAUGAUCUCGUCAGCUUUCUUUCCUUCGCAGCGUUAGGAAUGAUGCCGUGCCCAUCUUUCUGCACCGAAACUCGCUGCGACCCCAACAGCGACUCUCGUGCAUCUCGCAAUCACUUAUCGCUAUGCGGCAUUGUCGUAACGGAAAUUAUUACAGGCGCUCCAAUGGCGCCGUACCGCACAGGACCCGUACCAGCUCCUGCUCUUCGGAGUGGUAAACCUGGAUGCAUCACCUGGGCUGAAAUAGAGAAGAGAGCUUAUAUGUUUGGGGCUGUUCGGAACGAGCCAGAUGCGUUCACAGACGCAUUCCUCAAGGAGCUGCGCGCUCGCCCAGAUCUUUUUCAAGUCAUCACUCGAUCGGAAACGGACCCCAACAACACAGUUGACAUGUUCGGAGCGAAGGAAGGCGAAGAUCUCCUACCCGCGAUGCGCACACGGACCUUCGAAGCACCCAUGGCGACGUACAGCAAUCGACCGCAAGGGCGAGGGGCUUGGAAGGUGGAGAGGUCGGCUAUGGAUGUGCUGUACUCAACGAACGGGCCCAUCCGCGGCUAUCUCGCCAGCUUGAACCAAACCAAGAGCGCGGGUUGA